CAAAGUAUUCAAGUAUGUCUCAGUCUCAGUUUCCAAGGUCUCUUUUUUCCCAAUUUACGGAAGACGAACUAAAAAAAAUAAGCGAAAGCUAUAAGUCUUCUGUAAACUGGACCGAACACAACAAGUGGCUCAAGGAAGGACAACCAUUUGAGGAACACGAAGAAAUCGAACUGUUUUACAAAUGGAUCUUCUCAGAGACAAGUAUCAGCUGGGACCGAAAUAUGUAACGUUGACAGAAGACGAGAACAAUCAAUUGGAGUCAGACCUCGCCGCAGUGAAGGGAAGGCCAAUCAUAAGGCCGGGAAGAAGUGCUAUUUUACAACUCCCUCCGCAAGAUCCAAAGCCGAAGCUGUCACUUUUAACGACCGUGAACAUCGUGGUGAAGUUCCUAAAUCCAAAAAAGUAUCCGGUGCUAACAAGACAUACAACGCAGAUGCUAAAAGACUUAAAUGAUGCUGGUUUAUUAAAUGAUGUCGUAGGUUUUUAUAUUAAGGCUAGAGUUAGGGAAUUUAAAAAUGGAGAAAUACGUUUGAGUCCCAGUGUUGAUAUUUAUGAUAUAGUUCCCAAAGGUUCAUAUAUGUAUGCAUUAGUAUUACCUAAAGGUCAAUAUUUGAUGUUGCGACAUCUUCGUGAGGAGUGCUUCAAGCUUCAAGCUUCAAGUAUUGGAUCCGCGUUCAGAUGCAUUUCAUUUUUUAAU